UGUACUGCCGUUGUUAUGAUGAAUGAAAACCUCUGCCAUAUGAUUGAUUAAAAACAUUUACAACAUUGAAUAUAACAGUAUUCAAUUAUAACAGUUGACUAGACGUGAAAGAAGUUUAAUUCAUUUAGUUAAGUGGAUUUUAAGCUUUUUUGUGGUUGAAAGUGCGAUUCAAUUGUAAUUUUGCUACAUAUGAAGUGUUAAGAUUUUAAAUAUGACAGCUCAGACUGCUACUAAUAUAGGGGUUUUGUAUGCGGAGUUAAAUAAAUAUUGUCAAAAUAAUGACUAUGAAAGAGCAGUGAAGUCAGCUAAUAAAGUUCUGCACCACUAUCCAGAUGAGGCUAAAGCGUUCCAUUGUAAAGUUGUGUCUUUAAUCCAACAGGAUAAAUUUCAAGAAGCUUUACAAGCCAUAAAUAAACAGCCUAAACUUGCUGCUGAUCUGUUCUUGGAGAAAGCCUAUUGCCAGUAUCGACUGAAUCAAAUUCAAGAAGCCUUUAAAACAGUAAAUUCAGCUCCAAAUCUGUCUUUUCAAUUGAAGGAAUUGAAAGCACAGAUACUGUACAGGCUAGAAAGCUAUGAAGAAUGUUUUGAUGUCUAUCGAGACAUAAUAAAGAACACCAACGAUGAUUAUGAAGAGGAACGUGAAACUAAUCUCUCAGCAGUCAUUGCGAACAUGGUUCUUGAUGGCUCAAACAAGUCAACACCAGAGUUACGAGAACACACGUACGAGCUGGCAUACAACUCUGCAUGUAAACUAAUUGCUCAGGGUAAAUACUCCGAGGCUGAAAAAAAACUCAAAGUUGCUGAAAAACUCUGCCGUGAAGCCCUUCAGGAGGAAGAGGAAGAUGUUGAAGAAGGGUUGGGCAUCAUAAGAGCUCAACAAGCGUAUUGCAUGCAGCUGCAAGGUCGUGAGAAGGAUGCACAAACCGUCUACAAUGCAAUCCUUAAACGCAAGCCAGACGACAUCGGCCUGGUUGCUAUUGCGAGUAACAACAGCAUUACUCUGAACCGAGACCAGAAUGUGUUCGAUUCUAAGAAGAAGAUUCGCGGUGCCAUCGCAGAAGGGCUGCAGAACAAGUUGACUUCAAAACAGCGCAAGGCUAUCCGUAUCAACCAGUGCCUCUUGUCUGUUUAUACAAAUCAGACAGACCAGACAACUCAACUAUGUGCCAAACUGGUCAAGGACUACCCGGACACACAGAACUUGACGGUGCUGCUACAAGCUGUCCUAGCCGCUAGAGAAGGGAGGGCCAAGGAGGCAGCCACAACUCUUACUCAGUUUGCUGCCAAGAAUCCCUCUUUCAAAAUGGAAAUGAAUCUUGCUGCAGUACAGCUACUGCUCACUGAGGGAGAUUUGGACUCUGCAUGUAAUAUCUUGGAGAAACUGGGCGAUGCUUCCUUCAAGCCUGGAAUUGUGAGUGCGCUGGUGACCCUGUACAUGGCUCAGGGCAGGAGAGAUGCAGCAUCUAAACUCUUGCAGGAGACCGUGGAUUGGCACCGGAAGAAUAAGGAGAGUGCUGGGGAUCUAAGUGCACUCUGGCGUCAGGCUGCUGAUUUUCACCUGCGUGGUGGUGAACCUUCUGUCGCUGCUAAAAGUCUAGAGGAGCUGCUAAGAGUAAACCCAACAGACACCAAGACUCUGGCACAACUCAUCAUAGCCUACGCUCAGUUUGACCCAUCAAGAGCACAAGCGCUUAGCAAGAAACUUCCUGCAGUUGGUGAUUUGACACCCUCCAGUGACGUUGAUGCCCUGGAGACAUCCAACUGGAUGAUGGGAACAAAGGUCAUCAAGAAGGCUGCCAGCAAGGUUGAGCCUUCCCCAGGCAUGCCCAGUGGAAGUGAGUUGCUCCAGAAGAAGAAAAAGCGGAGGAAGCGCAAGGGAAAACUGCCCAAGAACUACGAUUCUACUUGUGAUCCUGACCCUGAGAGAUGGCUACCGAGACACGAACGAUCAACAUUCCGCAAGAAGAAGGACCGACGUAACAAAGACAUCGGAAAAGGGACUCAGGGGGCUGCAACUGGAGCCAGUGAUCAGUAUGACAUUACAAAGAUGCCAAGUCAGGCCAAGGCAUCUCCUAACACUCAGAACAGCCCUGCUCCAGAGGGGCCGAGAGGUCAACAGCGGAAAAUACAGCAUAAGAAGAAAAAGAAAGGAGGAAAGUUCUAAAAGCAUUUAAAUAAACAAUGGAUUUGUUUAUAAACAAUUAUUUAAAAACAGAA